CUUUCGGUUAUGAUCAAUGUAUAAAGCACGUGGUAGGUUUCACUUACAGCAAUACAGACCUGAGAUCGACGUACAACAUGUUUUGGAAGCUCUAUCUGCUACUGCUGUUCUGCGUUUAUAGCUGUCACACUGGAGAACCACAGAACAUAGCAUUAUGGAAGCCUGCUAAACAAAGUGGUACCUACCGCAGUUCUGCAUAUGUUCAGUUUGCCUUUUUUGCUGUCGACGGCGACUCAAAAGAUCUGUCAUGGCCAUAUUGUGCAUAUACUCUCUGUUCUGGUAAUGUACAACCCUGGUGGCAAGUUGACUUCGAGAAAACCUAUGAAAUUGGUACAGUCACAAUAACACCGGCAUCCGAUUCAGCCACGCUCGUUGAUUUCUUGAUCACUGUAUAUAUGGAAGACCCGACGUCUACUCCUACCACGAAGCCACAACAUUGCUACCAGCACAGUGGUACCGUAACGAGAGGUGCCACAGUUACUGUUCACUGUGACGAGGCUGUCAAAGGACGAUUUCUGAGAAUCACAAAUCACAGAGGUUCCAGUAAUGUCAAGUGUAUCAACAUGGCCCUGUGUGACGUCAAAGUAACAGCUGUAGUGAAGAAGCACUGCCCCAAAGGGUUUGUUCGAAAUGAAGAUUCUUGCUACUGGUUUUCCCCAUAUGCUACAAAAUGGAUCAAUGCCAGGAGCUAUUGUAAGGUUCUGGGUGGUGAUUUGGCCGUUGUUGACAAUCGAGAUACAGACGACUUUCUUGGGGGUUAUCUCAGGAGAAUCGCAAAGAACAAUGCAUGUUACUACCUGGGCGCCAGUGACAUAGCCGUUGAGAACAACUGGAAGUGGGUGGACAGGAAGGACCAUCACAUGCGCUACUCCAACUGGGCAGUGGGCCAGCCACAGUCACAGCAUAUUCAUGAGCACUGUCUGGCCAUGAACGAAAGCUCGCGCUUUAAAUGGCACGAUAUUAUCUGCAAUCUCAAGAAUUACUUCAUCUGUGAAGUGAAGCCAUAAUUUCGUUCUCAGAAUGAAUAAAUAAAUAAAUACAGUCUAACCUAUUUAUAAAGCGACUCAGGGACAUAUUGAAAGGGCUAUCAAAUUUGGCCUUUAAGCACAAUUGGUCUUGGUAUCAACUUUAAAAAAAUGCAUUUGCCUAUAAUAUAAUCGUGAGGGAAUAUAUCUGGGUAGGUGAUUAUUAUCAAAGGAGUCAUUUAUGAAAAAGAUCGACUGUAUCAGUAUAACCAAAA